UUGAUAACAUGGCGGCCGUCGCUGCCCUGGGAUCUCUAGGAAGCAGUGAGGUUCACAUCCGGAAGAAGAGUGUCUUCUGGCGCUAGUUCGGUGGCCGCUGCGCACUUUGGAGUGUGGGCCAGUUGCUGAAUGAGGGUAGCUGGACCCUCCCCGCGACAGUCCCCCCGGGCCCUCCGCCCUCACCGGAGUCCCGCCAUGUCCUUCUUCCGGCGGAAAGUGAAAGGCAAAGAACAAGAGAAGACAUCAGAUAUCAAGUCAAUUCCAGUAUCUGUACAUUCCCCACAAAAAAGCACUAAAAACCACGCCUUGCUAGAGGCUGCAGGACCAAGUCAUGUUGCAAUCAGUGCCAUUUCUGCCAACAUGGAUUCCUUUUCAAGUAGCAGGACAGCAACACUAAAGAAACAGCCAAGCCACCUGGAAGCAGCUCAUUUUGGUGACCUGGGGAGAUCUUGUCUGGAGUACCAAACACAAGAGACCAAAUCAAGCCUCUCAAAGACCCUUGAACAAGUCUUGCAUGAUUCUGUUGUCCUCCCUUAUUUCAUUCAAUUCAUGGAACUUCGUAGAAUGGAGCAUUUGGUUAAAUUCUGGUUAGAGGCUGAAAUUUUUUACUCUACAACUUGGUCCCGUAUAAGAGCACACAGUCUGAAUACAGUGAAACAGAGCUCAUUGGCCGAACCUGUCUCUCCAAGUAAAAAGUAUGAAACUGCAGCAUCUGUUGUAAUGGAGUCUCUUGACAAGAGAUUGGAGGAUUCUAGUUCAGCCCAGUUGCUUAUGAUUCAGUCAGAAAGAAUUGACCUGAAUAAUAGAACUAACAACAGUCAGAAUCACUUGUUGCUUUCCCAGGAAUGUGAUGAUGUCCAUCCCCUUCAUCUUGAAGUGACCAGAGGAACUUAUCAUAUUUCCCUGGAAAACCCAGAAACCAGACUUACAGUAGCCAGUAGAAAUAGUCCACUAAAGGAAUUAUCUGGGAAACUAAUGAAAAGUAUUGAACAAGACGCAGUGAAUACCUUUACCAGAUAUAUAUCUCCUGAUGCUGCUAAGCCAAUACCAAUUACAGAAGCUAUGAGAAAUGACAUCAUAGCAAAAAUUUGUGGAGAAGAUGGACAGGUGAAUCCCAACUGUUUUGUUUCUGCACAGUCCAUAGUCUUUAGUGCAAUGGAGCAAGAGCACUUUAGUGAUUUUCUGCGAAGUCAUCAUUUCUGUAAAUACCAGAUUGAAGUGCUGACCAGUGGAACUGUUUACCUGGCUGACAUUCUGUUCUGUGAAUCAGCCCUCUUUUAUUUCUCUGAGUACAUGGAAAAAGAGGAUGCUGUGAAUAUCUUACAGUUCUGGUUGGCAGCAGACAACUUCCAGUCCCAGCUUGCUGCCAAAAAAGGCCAGUAUGAUGGACAGGAGGCACAAAAUGAUGCCAUGAUCUUAUAUGACAAGUACUUCUCUCUCCAAGCCACACAUCCUCUUGGAUUUGAUGAUGUUGUGCGAUUAGAAAUUGAAUCCAAUAUCUGCAGGGAAGGUGGGACACUCCCUAACUGUUUCACAACCCCAUUACGUCAGGCCUGGACAACCAUGGAAAAGGUCUUUUUGCCUGGCUUUUUGUCCAGCAACCUUUAUUAUAAGUAUUUGAAUGAUCUCAUCCAUUCAGUUCGAGGAGAUGAAUUUUUGGGUGGGCACAUUUCAUUGACUUCUUAUGGCUCUGUUAGCCCUCCUGAUGAGUCUCACCCAGGUGGUUCCAGCUCAUCUUCUCAGUCCAGUUUGAAAAAAGCCAGUGUUAAAAUUCUGAAAAAUUUUGAUGAAGCAAUAAUUGUGGAUGCUGCAAGUCUUGAUCCAGAAUCUUUAUAUCAACGAACAUACGCAGGGAAAAUGUCAUUUGGAAGAGUCAGUGAUCUGGGGCAGUUCAUCCGAGAAUCUGAACCUGAACCUGAUGUAAAGAAAUCAAAAGGAUUCAUGUUCUCACAAGCUAUGAAGAAAUGGGUGCAAGGAAAUACUGAUGAGGCACAAGAAGAAUUAGCUUGGAAGAUUGCUAAGAUGAUAGUUAGUGAUGUUAUGCAGCAAGCACAGUAUGAUGAACCAACAGAGAAAUCUACAAAGCUAUAACUCAACAUCUGACAUAAGGAAAAUCUGUUUCUGAAAUAUAAGAGAACCUUCUUCCUUUGUUUGGAUUCUUCAGCACAGUCAAUGAAAACAAAGCACUGUAUUCCUCUUAACUGAUAUUCUCAAGAAAAAAUGGCAGACAAUCCAAGACUUCCACCAUAACACAGAGUAACUUUCAGACAUAUUUGAAGCACAUCAUGUCACACCGUGAAAGUCAUAAAGAGACAAAGUGGUAUUGUUUACAUUACUAAAAAUUAGUAGUUUUCCAAUGGCAAUAACCCAUUUAUGAGAGAGUUUCAGCCUAUUAGGGUAGACAACAGCUACAUACUGUAGGAGGCAGAUAACCAUAGAACUGAAAACUGAUGCAACUUCUUGUAGCAGUGACUCCUCCCUAAUAGCAUCACAAACUAGUUACCAGCAUGGAUUGCUUUGUCUUCUUAAAACAAAAGUUAUGUCUAUCCCACUGAAAGCCAGGCAGCUCACAGUGGCAGUGUGGUGCUAGCAGGUUUUUUCCUUUGCAUGGAAUGGAAUAAUAAUUCAUUGUACAGCCUUCCUUCACAGAUGUGAGGCUGCAUUAGUUUGGAAAGAAGUUAACAAAGGUCAAGUCUCAGUGACCCUUCAUGGUAGAAUGCAAUUUUAACAUUUGUUCUUGAGAUAAAGUACACUUAAAAUUAGUCUUUCUCCAAAUACUCCUCUGUUACCAAAAGGAUAAAUCUAGUUUACUUAAGAAAUUAGCUGAUAAAAUACUCAACUUUGUUUGACUGCCUUCCCCUUUUCUUUUUGUGAGCUGUGAAGUUUGCAGUCAAUGGCCUUUUUUUUUUUGGUGGGGGAGGAGGUCCUCAGGAUAGUAAGAAACUCAUUCACUGCUCUUCUACUUAGUUGGCUUCUGUGUCUGGAUCAUAGUUGGUCAGUGGGCUGUACAUUGACAAGCAUACUCCACCAGCCCCUAGAUGCUGAUGCUUACUGGAUGCACUUGUCUGAGGAGAAAGGAAAUUCUCUUAGGCAUUACUGCUUUUGCUCAGACUUUGCAAAAAAAAAAAAUUAUUAUUUUAUAUAUGUAUGUGUAUGUAUAUAUAAUUAUUAAUCACCUCUGUCUUUGAGAACGUCUUGAAAAAUAGAGAAUUUAUUCCAUUGCAAUAUUUGAUUGUAGAGAGGCACACUGUUUCAGCAACAAAAGAAGCAAAAAAGACUGUAUAAAUAAGUGUUUGGUACUAUGUACCAUCUCUGUUAUCCUGAAAUUGAAGUAUUCAUGUAUUUAAACCAUAUUCUAUUUAAUUAUGUUUGAUUUUAUAUAUAUAUAUAUUAAAUGGUGUCAACUUCUAGUAAACUAUAUCGAUCCUUUUAAAUAUGUUCAUUCGCUUUAUGCAAACUCAGAAAUGAGCCUGCUACUGGCCUUAGCUUUGUGUUUAAAGUAUAUGACAAAGCCCUGAGGUUUUUAUUAGGCGCAUACGACAUGAUUAACUCAUUUUGUUCUUCUAGCAAAAUAUUUCCAUCCGUCUCUUAUUGCUUCAAUCUUUAAAUAAUAGAAAAAUAAUAUAAAAAUCAAAAAAUAAAACAUGGUUUUAAGUGA